AUCCUUCAUGUACAUAUAUACACCAUCCACGUCGAUCGCUUUAGUUUCGGGAGAGCGAGCAAAUUCCCAACGAUUCGAUCUUUCUCAACUUGCAGUGUGGUCUCACAGCAUGAAUAAUUAUUAUCUCUGCAAUUUCUUUUGAUCUCUUUUGGCAUUCUCUAUCCAACCUUGUCUUAUAAGUACAAGUACUCCAUAUCCAUCUGUCCUCAUUUGAUCCCCACUAAUUUUCAUCAGUUUCUCUCCAUGACCGCAACAAAUCAAGGAGAAGUGAUCAUGUGGCCUAGACUAGUCGCCAACAAGAUUCUGAAGAAGCGAUUGGGAAGCAACAACUUUGUAACAGAUUUCCCAGGCAACUCGGAGGACUCCACCUUGCUGCUGGAAACACCGAGUUUUGAUCCAGAGAAACCAUUAUCUUUAAGCCCGACGACACCAGCUCCGAAAAUUUUGAAUCAUCACAAGACCAGGCACAAAUACAAGAUUUUCGUUAGUACAUGGAAUGUUGGUGGAGUUGAACCACGAGAUGAUAUGAACAUGGCGGAUUGGAUUAAUGACACCUCCUGUGACAUAUAUGUUUUAGGGUUUCAAGAAAUUGUUCCUCUCAAAGCUUCAAAUGUUCUCGGAUAUGAGAAUAGUGUGAUCUGCUCGAAAUGGAACUCUUAUAUUAGAGAGACUUUGAACAAUAAAAUGAACUACCCCGGAGACAAGAGUAAAGACAAAAAUGGAAAGUCAACUGUUGAGGAAAGCAGCAAUAAUUCAGAAUCACAUGAUUACUUCCAGUGUAUCAUAAGUAAGCAAAUGGUGGGAAUUCUAAUUACAGUCUGGGUUCGAAGAAAUCUUCGUCCUUUGAUUCGGAAUCCAAGUGUUUCAUGUGUUGGCUGUGGCAUCAUGGGUUGCCUUGGCAAUAAGGGUUCGGUGUCAGUUAGGUUUCUUCUACAUGAAACAAGCUUCUGCUUCGUGUGCUGUCAUCUAGCUUCAGGAGGAAGACUAGGAGAUGAGAAACUCAGAAACUCAAACGUAGCUGAAAUCAUGAACAGAACAAGUUUCCCUAGAGGUCCUUUGCUUGAUUUGCCACGAAAAAUCCUGGACCACCAACGAGUUAUCUUCCUGGGAGAUUUGAAUUACAGAAUUUCCCUUCCAGAAGCAACCACAAGGACAUUAGUGGAUAGCAGAGAUUGGAAUGCCUUGCUAAAAAGAGAUCAGCUGAGCGUAGAGCUGAAUGAUGGUCACGUAUUUGAAGGUUGGCUUGAAGGAAGUAUCAAAUUUGCUCCGACUUACAAAUAUUUUCCAGAUUCAGAUAAAUAUUAUGGAUCUUAUCCUCCUGCAAGAAAAGGUGAAAAGAGGCGCACUCCUGCAUGGUGUGAUCGGAUAAUUUGGUAUGGAAAUGGUUUGAAGCAACAUGUAUACGACAGAGGCGAGUCGAAAUUGUCUGAUCACAGGCCAGUGAAGUCGAAAUUUACUGCCCAAGUUGAAGUUUUACCAUCGCUAUCGCUUAUGAGAGGAUGCCAAAGUUUAUGUCUUUCAGACAAGUAUGACAAAAUUUCAAACCAGUUUGAGGUACCCUCCACCGACGAUCGUUUUCUAUGUCAACCACGUUCAUCAAGCUUCAGAACUUAAGUAUUUUGUUUAGUAUAUCGUUCUGAGAAGCUUAUAUAUAUUGGGGACGAUUUCGGCACUUCACUGUGCUUCGUUUCAACUUCAAUAUUAACGUGAAGCGUGAGAGGAGAUCGAAGUGCCAAAAUCACCCUCAUUAUAUAUCUGGUUAUUAGUUGCGUAGUUAAUCCGGCGAUGAUGAAUGUACAGUGGCGGGGAAUUAUAUAAAAAAAACUUG